GCCGCCUGCUCGCAGACCCGGAGCGCGGCCGGCGAAGAUGGCGACUGCCAUGUACUUGGAGCACUAUCUGGACAGCAUUGAAAACCUUCCCUGUGAACUUCAGAGGAACUUCCAGCUGAUGCGAGAGCUGGAUCAGAGGACGGAAGAUAAGAAAGCAGAGAUUGACAUGCUGGCAGCAGAGUACAUUUCCACUGUGAAGACUCUGUCCCCCGACCAGCGUGUGGAGCACCUGCAGAAGAUCCAGAGUGCCUACAGCAAGUGCAAGGAGUACAGUGACGACAAGGUUCAGCUGGCCAUGCAGACCUAUGAGAUGGUGGAUAAGCACAUCCGGAGGCUGGAUGCAGACUUGGCUCGUUUUGAGGCAGACCUAAAGGACAAGAUGGACGGCAGUGACUUUGAAAGCUCUGGAGGCCGGGGGCUGAAAAAAGGUCGGGGUCAGAAAGAGAAAAGAGGCUCCCGUGGCCGAGGCCGGAGGACAUCAGAAGAAGACACCCCGAAGAAGAAGAAGCAUAAAGGAGGGUCUGAGUUCACUGAUACCAUUUUGUCUGUGCACCCUUCUGAUGUGCUCGACAUGCCUGUGGACCCCAACGAGCCCACAUACUGCCUGUGCCACCAGGUGUCCUAUGGGGAGAUGAUUGGUUGCGACAACCCAGAUUGUCCAAUCGAGUGGUUUCACUUUGCCUGUGUGGACCUCACCACGAAACCAAAAGGAAAGUGGUUCUGCCCACGGUGUGUUCAGGAAAAGAGGAAGAAGAAGUAAGGAAGAGGCUGUGUCUGGAUCGAAGAGCAAGUUAAUAUAUUCCUUCAUUCAUGUUGCAAUAUUUUCUUUCAUUUUAAAAACUACCUUCUUUGACUGAUAUUUAAGAACUCAGUGGCCAGUUUUAAUUCUGGAUAUUUCCUGAAAUAACCAAGAAACCACUGCCCUGUGGGCACUUGUGAACUUGGGCUGCCAGGUACCAAGCACAUUCUAACCUGGUACACUGCCACCACUCUGCCACUGGAGUGUUCCCUGCAGUUCUCUGUGACCGUGCACAGACCUCUGUGAGCACACUUGUCACCCCUGAGCCGACCUGAUGGUUAGACUGGGCCUUCAUUGAGGCCCCUGUUGCUGUUUUUGCUGGGCCAGCUCUCCUAGGAGGAGGAGGCCCUGCUCCACUGUGCACUGCCUCUUUAGUGUGGACUCUGGCCCACCAGGCUUUGCCAGAGUAAGUGCUCCUGUUGGCCCAGGCUGUCGUUUACUAUGACCAGCACCACCACACAGUGGCCUGGCAGCCGGCUGAUAUUCCUUCCGUUUCUCUGGGAAUCCCUGAUGCUUUUACUGUGAAGAUGAAAUUAGUACAAUUGCAUGAAGAUCGUGGGUCUUUGUGUCUGUGAUGUGAGUCUGCCUCAUGGGGGCUGAUUUUGGAACUCAUUCUGCCCACUGCUGGGCCUGCAGCUUGCCCCGAGAGGAUGGUGGUUCUGUGGCCUGGUGUAUGACUGCUAUAUUUGGAAAUGGUUCUGGACCAAAGCAAGGAAUCCAGAGUAUACUAUUGGUUUAGCCACUGUUGGCCAAACCAGUGUCAACGUAUCUUUGGUGGAGUUGGGGAAUGUGCACCCGUUUGGUUUGAUGAGGUGCGUUCUGACAGUCCCUCCAGCGGGGCCUCUGAGACCCAUCUUGAAAUGCCCAUGCAUGCUCAUUGUCCACGAUGCCAGAGAACCCAUGGAAGAGUGCUCCUGUCCCAACAAAGGCACGUACUUGUUUCCUGUGAUGGCCACCUGAGUAAUGUUACUUCCUCGUUCUAGUGUUCCACUGAGGAGAGGAGAUGGCAGGAGGUGUUCAUACAGGGCCCUGUGUUCAGCCUGUGCUCACGGAUGGGAGCAGGCCCUCCAGGCCUCUAUGGCCAGGGAGUUCAGGCCUGUGGUUCUCAGGACAGAGGCCUUGCACGCAGCCGCCAAGGGUAUCCUGGCCUGGGCUUGCUCUGCUCUGAGGCAGUGAGUUGUGGGUGCUGACUCUGGCCAGGUGUCUGUUGCUGGGCAGGUGAGGGUGGGCAGUGGAUGAAUGGCCAGGAGAGGUCCCAGCUCAUCCUGAUGGGGUCCCCAGGCCAGAAGGAGCUUUUUAAGUACCUCAGCUGGCCUCAGGGUAAGGGGGCUGCUUAACCUCAGCCAGAACACUGAAAUGAGAGAUGCAUUUUAUUUUGUAAUUCUUGGUAUGCUUUUUUAUUAGUUUAUUGGUUGCAGGACUGGGGAUUGAACCCAUAGAGUGCUGAGCUCCGUCCCCAGCUCUUUCAGAUUUUUGAUUUGGUACAAGGUUUCACUAAAUUGCUCAGGCUGAGCUCUUGCCUCAGCCUCCCAGAUUAUAGGCAUG